AUGACGCACGACUUGAAUUCUCGACAGCAACAAGAGGUUGAAAAGCUCAUCAACGAAGAGUACAAGACUUGGAAAAAGAACUCGCCUUUCCUAUACGAUCUGUUGAUCUCUCACGCACUUGAAUGGCCAAGUCUAACGUGUCAAUGGUUCCCCGAAGUAGAAAAGUUUCCUGACAACAAUUUCAAGAUUCAGCGUCUCCUGUUAGGAACCCAUACGAACGAUGACGAUCGCAACUACGUGCAGAUUGCCACAGUGAGACUACCAAACGAUGAGCAAGUCCUCAACGGCAAGUCAACAACGGAUGAUACAGCAAUGGAAGAAGAUGAUGAUUCCAACGCCAAUGGCACAGCACCCUAUGACGCCCAUAUCAAGAUUGAACAAAAGAUUGUACAUGAAGGCGAGGUCAAUCGUGCACGUUAUCAAGUGGAUAAUACGGAUAUCAUUGCAACCAAGUCGAGAACGGGAGAGGUGUACAUCUUUGAUCGGAAACAAUAUGGUCAAACGCCAAGAGUAUUUGAACGCUUCAAUCCCACAUUCAAACUAUCAGGCCACGAUAAGGAAGGUUAUGGUCUGGCAUGGAAUCCACACAAAGCCAAAUCGACCCAUUUAAUCAGUGGUAGUUUUGAUUCACGCGUGUGUUAUUGGGAUAUUGCUGCAGCAUCAAAGGAGAACAAAGAAAUCGAGCCGCUAAAUGUAUACAAUGGUCACACUGCUCCUGUAGAGGACGUGGCAUGGCAUCCAAAGUAUGAGACGAUAUUUGCAUCGGUUGGUGAUGAUUGCAAGUUGAUGAUAUGGGAUGCUCGAAACAAGUCGACCGAUACGCCAAUUCACGACAUUUAUGCGCAUAAUGCUGGUAUCAACUGCGUUGGCUUCUGCCCUAAUAGUGAAUGGGUCCUUGCCACUGGUUCUGGUGAUCAGACUGCAGCAUUGUGGGAUUUACGUAAUCCAAAACACAAGCUCCAUGAAUUACAAGGACAUCAAGGUGAAAUUCUUCAACUUGCAUGGUCACCCCAUCACGAGUCGGUGCUUGCUACUGCUGGAAAUGAUCGACGGGUAUUGGUUUGGGAUUUAUCAAGGAUAGGACAAGAAAUGUCACCAGCAGAAGCUGAGGAUGGUCCUCCUGAAUUACUGUUUAUGCAUGGAGGUCACACCAACAAGAUUUCCGACUUUGGCUGGAACCCAGUAGAUCCCUGGAUGUUGGCAAGUGCAGCUGAGGAUAACAUUGUCCAAGUUUGGCAAAUGGCAAGUACAAUCUAUGAGCCUGAAUCUGCAACCAAGGAGGAGGAUAAGAAAGAAGAAGAACAAGAACCUAAAAAGGAUGAAAGUGGAGAUGUACCAAUGGCUGAACAAUAA